AUGAGCCACCAGUUUAGCUCCCAGUCAGCGUUCAGCUCCAGGAGCAGGCGGGUUUAUAGCGCUGGUUCCUCUGUGGGCUUUGGUGGUGGGAGCCGGGCUGUGAGGUCCAUGUGUCAGGCCCGAGGGAGGUGUGGCGGUGGUGGUGGUGGGUAUGGGAGCCAUGCAAGGGGGUUUACCUCCAGGAGCCUAUACAAUCUGGGUGGCAGUAAAAGCAUCUCCAUCAGCCUAGUGGGGAGAAGCGCCAGUGGUUUCUGCCAUGGUGGGGGAGCAGGAGGGGGGUUUGGAGGAGGCAGGAGCUUUGGAGGUGGUGGUUUUGGGGGUCGUGGCUUUGGAGGUGGUGGCUAUGGAGGAGGUGGUCUUGGCGGUGCUGGGUUUAGGGGUGGCAAUUUGGGGCUUGGGGGCUUUGGUCCUUCUUGUCCCCCAGGGGGUAUCCAAGAAGUGACCAUUAACCAGAGCCUCUUACAACCACUUCACCUGGAGGUGGACCCUGAAAUUCAGAGGGUUAAGAUGCAAGAGCGGGAGCAGAUCAUGGUUCUGAACAACAAGUUUGCCUCCUUCAUUGACAAGGUGUGAUUUCUGGAGCAGCAGAAUCAGGUGCUCCAGACAAAAUGGGAGCUACUGCAGCAGGUAAACACGUCGACUCAGACCAACAACCUGGAGCCCAUCUUUGAAAGCUACAUCAGCAAGCUGCAGAAGCAGGUGGAUUUUCUCAGAGCGGAGCAGAUGCGCCAGAGCUUGGAGAUCAGGAGCAUGCAGGAUGUUGUGGAUGACUACAAGAACAAGUAUGAGGAAGAAAUCAACCGGAGGACCAGCAGCGAGAAUGAAUUUGUUGUCCUGAAGAAGGAUGUGGAUUCUGCUUAUCUGAGCAAAGUGGACCUACAGUCCAAGGCAGACACCCUGAAUGAGGAGGUCGAUUUCCUGAAAUAUUUAUUUCAAUCGGAGCUGUCUCAGAUGCAGACCAACAUCACCGACACCAGCGUCAUCCUGUCCAUGGACAAUAACCGCUCCCUGGAUUUGGACAGCAUUAUCGAUGCCGUGAGGAUUCAGUAUGAGGAGAUUGCACAAAGGAGCAAGGAUGAGGCUGAGGCCCUGUACCAGACCAAGUACCAGGAGCUCCAGAUCACAGCGGGAAGACAUGGAGAUGAGCUGCAGACCAGUAGGACAGAGAUCUCCGAACUCAACCUCACCAUCCAGAGGCUGCAGGCAGAGAUUGGCAAUGUCAAGAAGCAGAUCGAGCAGAUGCACACCAUCAUUUCUGAUGCAGAGGAGAGGGGACACCAGGCCCUCCAGGAUGCACAGCAGAAGCUGCAGGACCUGGAGGCCGCCCUGCAGCAGUCCAAGGAGGAGCUGGCCCGCCUGCUGCGUGACUACCAGGCGCUGCUUGGAGCUAAGCUGUCCCUGGACGUGGAGAUUGCCACCUACCGCAAGCUGCUGGAGGGCGAGGAGAGCAGGAUGUCAGGGGAGCUGCAGAGCCAAGUGAGCAUCUCUGUGCAGAGCAGCCAGCUCACUAUCGGCGGAGGUGCCCGGGGCUCUGGAGGUUACGGCGGAGGCGGAGGUUACGCCGGCGGCAGCAGCAGUGGAGGCUACGGCGGCGGCGGCUUCCGCGGGGGCUCGGGCGGCUACGGAGGGGGCUCUCGAGGGGGCAGUGGAGGCGGUUAUGAGAGCGGCGGUGGGAGCCACGGAGGGAUUAGCAUAAGUAGCAGCAAGUACUGGGGCAGAAAAGGCGGCACCUCCGGAAUGCAGAUAAUCCAAACGUCUACCAGCACCUCCCACAGGCGAGUCCUGGAGUAG